AUGGAUCAAUUAGCAUGGGGUUCAUGCUAUAACAGGAAAAUGAAUUCCAACUCGAAUUAUUGUGAUAAGCACUACAAAAAAGCUUAUCCAUGUGCUCUUGGAGUUGCAUACUUUGGUUGUGAUCCUCUACCUAUCUAUUGGAACUACAAUUAUGGAAAAGCAGGUAAAGAUUUGAAGGUGGAUUUAUUAAACCAUCCAGAAUACAUUGAGCAAAAUGCUACCUUGGCCUUCCAAGUUGCGAUUUGGAGAUGGAUGAUGCCAGUUAAGAAACAUCAGCCUUCAGCACAUGAUGUCUUUCUUGGCACUUGGACACCCACCAAAAAUGACACUCUAGCCCAGCGAGUUUCUGGAUUUGGUACUACCAUGAAUGUGCUUUACGGAGAUCUUGUUUGUGGUCAUGGUGAUAAUGAGUCCAUGAACAACAUUUUCUCCCAUUACCUAUAUUACCUUGAUCUUAUGGGUGUUGGCAGAGAAGAAGCUGGGCCUCAAGAAGUGCUUAGUUGUGCUAAGCAAGUUGCUUUCAAUCCAUCUUUUUCCUCAUCUCCUUGA